ACCAUUUGCGCAUAUAAUCUUUGAUAAUCAGCUGUUUAUCGGUAUCGCUGAAUGUUGACAUUUUUCAGGCUUAGUGUACUAAAUACUUAUUCUGAGUGUUCACUUCAGAGCUAAAUAUCUUGAUGGCAUUAGAUUUUUCGAAAUAUUAUAAUGCGCACUCCAUUUUACAGAAGAAACUUUUGUUUCAGGAAUCCAAUGCUGAAACUUCAUUCGAAUGUACUUUAAUUCCUGGUUCUUCAAAGCGGUACGAGAAUCCAGAAUUCAUCGAAUCUUGUCCAGCAGUCCUGGAACCUUCGAAAGACAAAUUCCGAUCAGAAGAGGAGAUCACCAGAAACCUGUUGGAAAUUUUUUCAGCUCCUCCAAACCCACCUCCAGCUUUUCUUCCAGCGCUUAUCGGAAGCUCCAGUAUACGUUCAUUUGAUCUUGGGAAUGUACAACUGAGUAAUGAGGAACAACCGAGAGCAACCACUUGUUGCUCUGCUGUUAUCAAUUACUACAGAAAAUCUGCAAUCGCUUUCAGGAAUUCUAGUGAGGAAAUAUUUUCUUUCAGGAAAGCUCUUUGCAAUAAAGCUGAUCCUCGGAGUUUUUUACAUCUUUCAAAUUUUGCUCUCCUUGCUUCCUCUUUCUGCAAUAGCCAUGGGAAUAAAAUUUUCUCAACACUGUUCUUCCUCUUUUCCCGUGCUCACCUUAAUCAUAGGAGCAGUUGGCGCAAUGCUCGUCGGUGUAUGGAUAUCCAUCAAUAUCUUUCAUCAUUCUGGAAAGCGCUGUACGGGUCAGCAAAAAUUCUUGGUCAGAAUGUUGUUUGGACUGCUAGCAAUUCUGUUGUCAAUCGAGAUGUCGCUCUACUUCAGUACUUCGCCGAACUACGACCCAUCGGACAGGAAGUACUGCAGCAAGACAUUCAUGGAUUACACUUUCUACAAGUACAUUGCGAUUGCUGGAUCUUUGGUUCUUGCAUUCAUAAUCUAUAUUCCUGAUUUCCGCGGCUUUAUCUGCAGCUUCGAAUGCACGACGCCUGUUCUCUAUGACCAAAUAUGAAGUCAUCUCAUCAGGCUUUUAGUCAUGUAAUACGUUUUACUAAAUUUAUAUCAUAGUUUUGACUAUUUUAACUAUUUAUUUAACAGACGACAAUAAAGCAUUCAACACUUUUG